AUGUCUUCCGGGAAGCUCAUCCAACCCCACCCAGGCAGCAGCAGAACCUUCUACCAAACCCCAUCGCCGUAUGAGAAACGGAUCGGCUACUACCGCGGCGUCCGCCACGGCAACCACAUUUUCAUCUCCGGCACCACCGCCGUCGAUCCCAACUCCCCGCCCUCGGCACCACAGAUCCUGCAUCCCGGGGACGCCGCGGCGCAGAUGCGCGUCGCGCUGGGCGAAUGCCUGCGUGUCGUGGGGCAGUUGGCGGGGGAAGCGUAUAAUGAGAGGCGGGCGAGGGAGAGCGUGGUCAGAGUGAGGAUGUUUGGAGAUGUUGCGGGUCUGGGAGCGAGGGCUGGGAAGGGGGUCAAGUCGGUGCGGCGGCGACUCUGA